AUGGGCUUCUCCUUUGGCUCCUACGCCUCGAUUUGUGAUGAGGUCGCCAUGGUCGUCUGCCCGCUCCUCGGUAGUUCCGGUCUUGGUCUCGAACCCGUUUGCUAUUCGCGCAAUGUCGAGAUCAACAAAACCAUCAUCUUCCAACCCGCAACAUGUUUUAUCCACAUCGCCGCUCUCGUCAUGACCGCCAUCAUGGUCUACCACAUUCGCUCCAAGUACACUGCCGUUGGCCGCAAAGAGAUCGUCCUCUUCUUCUACCUCUAUGCGUUUUCAGAGAUGCUCGUUAUCUUUUUGGACUCUGCUAUCGUCCCUACUUACUCUGCCGCAUAUCUUUAUUUGGCUGCAGUGUAUGUUGGUUUGAAGACUGCCAUCUUUUGGUGUUUGUUGAUCAACGGUUUCGUUGGUUUCCAGUUCGCCGAAGAUGGCACCCCUAAAUCCUUAUGGUUCUUGCGCUUGAGUUCGUUGCUGUUGUUCGGCAUCGGAAUCUUUGUGUCCAUUGCGACGUUUAAGGGGAUUGCAGCCAUGUCACCGACAAACCAGGUUGCAUUGUGGAUCGUCGAACUUGUUUUCCCUCUGGCUUGCGUUCUCAUUUACGUCAUCUCACAAGUUCUGCUUGUCUUGAGGACACUCGACGACAGGUGGCCAUUGGGAGACAUUACCUUCGGUCUCUUCUUCUUUGCUACCGGUCUCAUUCUGAUGUAUGGAUUCGGAGAGCAAGUCUGCAGAGCCAUCAAGCAUUACAUCGAUGGCACCUUCUUCGGUACACUCUGCAUGUUGUUGGCUGUUAUGAUGGUGUACAAGUACUGGGAUUCCAUCACCAAGGAGGACUUGGAAUUCUCCGUCGGCAGCAAGCAGGCUGUUUGGGAGGUCAAAGAGCCAUUCUUCGCCACCUCGAGCUCAGAGGGUGAUGGAACAAUGUUGGGCGCAGGUAGUGCUAUGACACAUGAUUCCUAUAGGGGUAGCAGUCCAAGCCGGUUGACACCACAGGGGCCGGGAAAGUCAGGUAUGGGCUAUCCUCCCGUUGCUAACCACUCGCACUAA